GUACUGUCAGAUGUGUCAGAAACAGUGUCGCGAUCAGAACGGUUUCAAAUGUCACUUGACCUCCGAAUCCCAUCAACGGCAACUGCUUCUUGUUGCUGAAAACACUGGUUCUUUUCUCAGACAGUUUAGCAAAGAGUUUGAAGCAAAUUUCAUGCAGAUUCUGAGAACUUGUCAUGGUACUAAGCGGAUUCGAGCUAAUGAGGUGUACCAGGAAUAUAUCAAGGACAAGGGUCACGUUCACAUGAAUGCUACUGUCUGGCACACUCUUACUGGUUUUGUGCAGUAUCUAGGAAACAGCGGCAAGUGCAAAAUUGAUCACAAUGAGAAAGGCUGGUACAUCCAAUACAUUGACCAGGAAGAAGUUAUUCGCAAGGCUGAAGAAGCUAAGCGAGCGAAAGCAGAGAAAGAUGACGAGGAACGGCAACAAGAAAUGAUUCAAGCCCAAGUCCGCAGGGCCUUGGAACUGCAAGGUGACGUAGUAGAGCCGCAAGCCACUGAACUUGUACGCACAGACGAGAAUGAAAAAAUCACGUUGGACCUUAAUCUGGACAAGAAACCCACAGCAGAGGACUUAAAGCGGCCAGUUUUCUCCGGCGUUUCUGUAUUUGAUCAAAUAAAAACGAAAAAGGAAGAACCUCAAAGUGACGAAGAAAGAUCGGAACCCAGGAAAAGGGAUAGAAGUAGGGAACGUGAGAGAGAUAGGGAUCGGAGGCGGCAACAUGAAGAAAAUGGACGACAUGGAGAAUUGAAGAAAGAAAGAAGAAGCCGCAGCCGUAGCAGAGAUGGGCGAAGA